AUGCCGCGCAUAAAGACGGUGCAAUCAAAAGUCGCUAAGACUCCUCGACGUCCUUUCGAAAAAGAACGUCUCGAUCAGGUCCGUCUUUUUUUUUCUUGCUUUUGCACAUUCCGCGCCAACUUGUAAGAUUUCUUUUCCUGCUAAACAAAAACAGCAUACUAAAUUAGAUAAAAUUUGACCCCACUUUGCUUUAAGAUUUUUUUGUCGUGUUCAAAGUAGUUUCUAAAAAUCCAAGAUUGUCUUUAACUCUCCAAAUUUAGUUGUCUUUUCUGCUCUCUGACUGCUAUUUUUAAUUUUGCAGAAUCACUUUGAACGCCGCAUUUGCUUUUUUGCUGGCUUUCUAACAGUUUUAUAAAGCAAACGUAUAAUUACGGUAACUUUUUUUUUGCUGUUCUUUAUAAAACGUGAACGUAUCACGCAUGUUUGAGACAGUACUACGGUGGCCGGUCAAUCAGUUUCACUCAGUUUCGGAGCCAGGAAAUUUUUUUAAAUUUUCUUUCUUUUUUGCAAUUUGUUAAAGACCUAUUUGUCGAGGUUACAAUGUAAGUUACACAUAAUUUCAUUUUAUUAUUGAAAAACUAUCCAAACUACCGUAAUACGACCGGUCAUCGUAAACAGGUGUGGUCUCGUUCGGAGCGUUAUGCCGUUUUCAAUUUGAUUCCGCGAAAUGCAAAAUACCCGUUAGAGAAAGGGAAAGAUCGCUAAAUUUUGGAUAGUAAGAUAAUUUUGCGUUUCGCGGAAUCAAAUUCAACACGGCAUAAUAUAACUGAUCGAGUACCAAGAAAUUGACACCUUUCAUCGAAAAAUUAUCUUAAUAUACCAAAUUUAUGGAAGAAAGAAUCUCAUGCCGCGUUCAAAGCUAAUUGCAGCAAAACCAUUUUUCUAGAAAGAAGCUCGAGCCGAAACGCAGCGUGAUUGGACGGCUUCUUUUUGGCAAGUGUCCAACUCAUUCAUCGGCUGGAUUCCACCCCAGCGUUUUGCGCGCGGAAAAAAAAUUUGAAAAUAUACUGAAAUAGGCCGCAUCCCGGGGUUGGGUCCAGCCGACGUAUGUUCCAUUUUGAAUCUUUUUUUUUCGUACCAAGUGAGGGGAGCCAACCAAUCACAUUUCAAAAAUGUUUCACGUUUUCUCCGAUAGCGCUCUCAUAUUGGUGGGGUGAACCCGCUGUGCUAAAUCGGGUGAAACUCGGAUGAACGUGUAGUUCACCCGAUUUAAGACUACGCGUUAAACCGCUUUUGCCGUACCGUUCAUCCACUGGCCUUCUUAGCUCCGCCGUUCACCCAAUAAAGCCGGACCGUUCAAUGGCUAGCUUUUUUAUUUAUUUAUUUUGGUUUUCGGGUGAACGGCGCGGCUAAAGCGGUUCAACGCGCCGUGCAAAGCCGGGUGAACACAGGUUCAUCCGAGUUUCACCCGGUUUAGCACAGCGGGUUUACCCCACCAAUAUGAGAGGCCCUCAGAGAAAGAAAAGGACAACUAAAUUUGGGAGAGUUGAAGAUAGUGUUUUGCAUUUGGCAAAAAUUUCUUUCAACACUGCACAUUAUAGUUCUCUUUCGAAGCGAAUUCGGCGCCGAAGAACAUUUUUUCGGGGUUUGAAACAUAUUUCGAUGAACUCAAAACACAAUUUUAAGCCCCGUAUAAGAUUGUGAAGUUAUGACUUAUUAACCUAAGCGGUGCUAAUGACCAGCCUUAGAGCUAGUGCAUUGAUUUUAUCUCAGCAAACGUAAUUAAAAUUGAAAAAAAAAUAAUGAGUAUGAAAGCGGUAGAAAGCCUGUUUAAAAUAAAUAAAGAAAAGAAAAAUUUUUGGGAGUCGGGGAUAAUUCACGCUCUUUUUAUAAUUUGUAUUUUUUUGCAUUUCGCGAAAAUCACAUUUUUCUGACUCUCCAAACGUUUUGUUAUCGUUUUCACUCUGACGGUUUUAAAAAGGCUGGAGAGGGUGGCUAGUGGGCGCGGCUUAGCGCAACUGUCGCGCAGUUUUAGGAGACGUUUCUCCGCGUAGAUUUACUUUCGCGUGUAAAUGUUUUUGACUGUUAAACUCUGUAAAACUGUUCUUUCCUGAGAAUAUCGUACGUGGAAAUGUUUAUCUCAUGACGGGGAACGAGAGGAAAACCAAAAAAUUUAUAGAAGCUUAUGAAGAGUGAAAAAUUAGCGAUUUUUCGAAAAAUCUGUUUUUCGCUCCAAAAUCUUGAAAACUCGCUUUUUUCUGAAAAAUUACUACGGUGAACUGUUGAUCAAACAAUGGAGAAUACGAUAAAAUCAAAGAGAUUUUUUCGAAUAAAGAUUGACAUAAAGAAAUUAGAGCUUUUCUCGAAAAACCUGUUUUUCGUCAUUAAAUCACUAAAAAGUAGUCUUUUUUUGAAAAUGUUUCACGGUGAACUAUCAAUCAAACGAUGGAGAACAAGUUAAAAACGCAAAACAAGUUGCAUUAAAAGGCUAAGGUCCAAAUUUUAGACGAUUUGCGAAAACUGAAAAACUUCGCGAAAUCGGGAACAAGAAAAAUCGUGUUCAUCGAAAAAUGUUCGUCUCAGUUAUUAACAACUGUGGAGAAAAAAUGGAGCAAAAAGAUUUAAAAACAACGAAAUUAAGUGAAAAAGUGAAUUGAAAAAUUAAUAAUUAUCUGAUAAGAAGUGUACGCUGGCGCGAACUUGCUUCCUUCUACCGUACUCCGCCGUUAGAACUUUUUCAUCAGGGCACAUUUUUUCGCCUGCCAGUUUUUCUCUUCACGUCCACCCUUUUCAAAACGCCGUGGCUUCAUAAUUUGACUUUUGUCACGAAAGUAUUGGAAAAGGGUUUUUUUUCAGGAGUUGAAGCUCAUUGGUGAGUUCGGCCUCAAGAACAAGCGUGAAGUAUGGCGCGUUAAGUACACGCUUGCCAAAGUCCGAAAGGCUGCUCGUGAUCUUCUCACCCUUGAGGACAAAGAUCCGAAGCGCCUUUUCGAAGGAAAUGCUCUUCUUCGCCGAUUGGUCCGAAUUGGAGUGCUCGACGAGGGAAAAAUGAAACUCGAUUACGUUCUUGGUCUUAAAGUCGAAGAUUUCUUGGAGAGACGUCUGCAAACCCAAGUUUUCAAGCUAGGGCUUGCAAAGUCCAUCCAUCAUGCUCGCGUCCUCAUCAAGCACCACCACAUUCGGUCAGUUCGUAGGAAGAAAAUACUUCAAUUUAUUUGAAUCCGGAAAAAGGCGUUUUUGUUCAUUAAUUCGGUUUCAGUGUUCGCAGACAAGUCGUUGACGUUCCAUCCUUCAUUGUCCGCCUCGACUCCAAGAAGCACAUCGACUUCUCCCCACAAUCUCCAUUCGGAGGCGGCCGUCCUGGACGUGUGAAGCGACGCAACGCCAAGAAGGCUGACGGCGGAGAGGGCUCCGGAGAUGAGGAGUAA